AAUGUGAAUUAUUGCAUCGAACAAUAUAAUAGAAAUAAUUAAGAGAAAAGUAGAAAAGAAAAAUGGGUGGUUUCACGGAGAAACAAGAGGCUUUGGUGAAUAGCUCAUACGAAGCAUUUAAGGCAAACAUUCCUAAGCACAGCGUUGUGUUCUACACCUCGAUAUUGGAGAAAGCACCUGUAGCAAAGACCCUGUUCUCGUUUCUAGCCAAUGGAGUGGACCCCAAUAACCCUAAUCUCACGGGCCAUGCUGAAAAACUUUUUGCAUUGACACGUGACUCAGCUGUUCAACUUCGAGCAAAGGGAGCAGUGGUGGCUGAUGCUGCACUUGGUUCUAUUCAUGCCCAGAAAGGAGUCACUGAUCCUCAGUUUGCGGUGGUGAAAGAAGCAGUGCUGAAAACAAUAAAGGAAGCAGUUGGGGACAAAUGGAGUGACGAAUUGAGCAAUGCUUGGGAAGUAGCUUAUGAUGAAUUGGCAGCAGCCAUUAAGAAGGCCUAUGCAUAGGAUCUAUAUAUUGUCGUAAAUUGUAAUAAAUAAAUUGUUAUUCACUAAAACUUGUUAUUAAACAAGUUCAUGAUAUAAAUGUUGCUUUAAAUAAUAAGUAUAUUAUAUAUAGUAUUUGAAUAAACAAUCUUAAGUUUUA